UGGGGACUGGAACGGGCCGAGCGUCGUCGUCGUCAGUAACACACCAAUCUUGUGCACACGGCUUAGGUUAGGUUAGGUCAAUCAAUAUCGGUGAUGGCGAGCAGAGUGUACGCUCAUUACCACCACGGAGAUGCGUGCAGCAAAGCUCGCUGGAACACCAGAGAGACGUUCCGGUUUAUGUAUGAUAGGCCAUGGAAACAUGUUGUUGAUUUCUACUCAAAUGCAGUCGCAGGGAAGCUUUCAGUCCUCAACUUGUUUGAACCCAAAAAAUGUUUGGUCCAUGAAAGUAGCGAAAGAAUGCCUCUUGAAACUGAGAUGGAGACUUGUGGUAGAAAAGAUGGGAGGACAGGGAGGUGGGAAAGAGUAAACUUCAAGAUACUUCUUUCAUACAAUGGAUCUUCCUUUGAUGGAUGGCAGAAACAGCCUGACUUGCACACUGUUCAGAGUGUAGUAGAGAAGUCUCUCGGGGAAUUUGUGGAUGAAAAGAAAGCACAACAGCUGAGGAAACAAUGUAAACCAUUAGAAGGACGUGUACUUGUUGCCGGAAGAACCGACAAAGGAGUGUCUGCUCUUAAUCAAGUUUGCUCUUUCUAUACCUGGAGAAAAGACAUUGAACCCAUUGAUAUAGAAGAUGCUAUCAAUAAAGAUGCUUCUGGGAAACUUAAGGUUGUGUCAGUCUCUAAGGUUUCUCGAGCAUUUCAUCCGAAUUUUUCUGCGAAAUGGAGGCGCUACUUGUAUAUCUUUCCCUUGGAUCAUGCGUGCGGGAAUGUCAAAGAUCCUGAGAACUUUAUCUUUGACGAGAACCAUCGAAAGCAAAGAAAUGGGCUCUUAACUGAAGAGAAUCUCGAUGAGCUUGAAACUGAUGAAACAGAAGAGGUGAAUGGUGUUGAAGUAGUAGAAAAACCAAGUGACUUUAGUGUAAGCAAGGUUGAUCAACUUUUACAGCAGCUUCAAGGAAAACUAUUAUCCUACAAGAUGUUUGCACGUGAUUUAAAAGCUGCAAGAAACGAAGGUCCACCUACAGAAUGCUUCAUGUACCAUGCACGGGCAGCCGAGAUUAGAUUGUCCUGUCCUGAGUAUGUGGAAGGAAGAAGAGUGAUGUGCGUUGAGCUUGUCGCUAACCGAUUUCUUCGGAAGAUGGUUCGAGUUCUGGUAGCAACAUCAAUCCGAGAAGCUGCUGCUGGCGCGGAAAAUGAUGCAUUGUUAAAACUUGUAGAAGCUUCAUGCAGACGAGCCACAGCUCCUCCGGCUCCAUCUGAAGGUCUCUGUCUGUUCGAUGUUGGUUAUGUUGACUUUGACCCUCAAUCUUGUCUCAUUUCUUGAGAAUGGAUUUAAUACAUUUUACUAUCCAUCACAUAUUGGAUUGAGAUGUGCAUGGUCCUCUUAUCUCAUGGUUAAUGGUUGCAAAUUUAGUUUAUUUUCCCAAAGUCAGGACAAUGAGUGUAUGUUUACAUGCCUUUAAUAUAUAUCAAGUCAUGUAAUGAUCAAUUCAUACAUUUGUGUAUCAUUUUGUUUCAGAUACACUCAUCAAUUCAUAAUAACACAGAUCCAGCUUACAGUUC